AUGCUAAUCUCGCAGACGCUCAUCAGCUCCACCGCUGCCCUCAGCGCCGUGUGGGUCGAGUUCGCCAAGCAGUACAACAUGGACCUCGAUGACCUGCUCCAUAACUCGCACGGCAAGCGCACCGUCGAGAACCUCGAGGAGCGUCUCCCCCAGCUUUCCAAGGAGCAGGCUCUGGCCGAGGCGAUCCGCUUCGAGGAGCGCAUCAUUGAGAUCUCGGACGAGAACCGCUCCAAGUCGACCUCGACCCCCACCGCUGAGGACCCCCAGGGCAGCAUUGUCGGUCUCCCGGGCGUGAAGGACCUCCUGGCCCAGAUCAACGCGGGUGCCUCGCAGGAGCCCGGCAAGGCCGGCUGGUCGAUCGUGACCAGCGCUACGGGUGACUACGCCCGCCGCGCCUUCCUCUCGACCAAGGUUGCGGAUGCUCCCAAGGUCUUCAUCUCGUCGGACGACGUGUCCAAGGGCAAGCCCGACCCCCAGCCCUACCUCACCGGUGCCAAGGCCAGCGGCUUUGACAUCAAGGACGUGAUCGUUGUCGAAGACGCCCCUGCGGGCGUGCUGAGCGGCAAGCGCGCUGGCGCGCGUGUCCUCGGUCUCGAGACGACUCACGAUGGCAAGCGCAUGUGGGCCAACGGUGCCGACUGGGUCGUCAAGGACCUCCGCCAGGUCCAGGCCCACUGGAAGGACGGCAAGCUCUUCCUUACCAUCAACUCGGAGGAGAAGCCCGCCGACCUGUAA